AUGGCAAAGCAAAUGGUUUACAUGUUAUCGUUGGUGGUAUUCAUAUUGGCGUACGUGUUUUCGACGAUUGAUGCCAGUCCUCAAUACGGUGGCAAUAAUCAUGAAGGGGACUACCACAUUAAGCGUAGUAAGAGUCGGAAUGUUGAUGAUGAAGACUCGCACAAGAAAGAAGAUAAACUCAACGCUCGCUACGAAGACUCGUACGGCAAUAAACGCGAGCGAAAUGAAGCCAAUCGAGCUCAUGAAUUACAACAUCAUAAAGAGGCUGAUUCAGAGCUGGAAGAGAAACGAAGCAAAAACAACCGUCAUCCAUCUGAAUAUUCGGAUAAAAGCAGUGACAGUGGACACAGUAACAGCUAUCCGAGUGGGGAUAGCGAUGAUAAAUACCACCGUCGUCCACAUAGCGAUGAUAAAUACCACCGUCGUCCACAAAAAUAUUCAAAUAAAGGCAGUGACAGUGACUCCAGCGACAGUGGAGACAGUAACAGCUACCGGAGUGGAGAUAGCGAUGAUAAAUACCACCGUCGUCCAAAUAAAUAUUCGAAUAAAGGCAGCUACAGUGGCUCCAGCAGCCGUGGAGAUAGCGAUGAUAAAUACCACCGUCGUCCAAAUAAAUAUUCGAAUAAAGGCAGCUACAGUGGCUCCAGCGACAGUGGAGACUACUACGAAUCAACUACAGCAAAACCGACUACAGCAAAACCAACUACAGCAAAACCAACUACAGCAAAACCAACUACAGCAAAACCGACUACAGCAAAACCAACUACAGCAAAACCAACUACACCAAAACCAACUACGAAACCUGAAAGUUCAUCAUCUGAGGGUUGGUAA